ACAAUUAUUUCCCGCGUCUAAAGUUAAAUUUUUAUAUUUAUACAUUGGCAAUACUUGGUUGGUACCUGGAUGCGCAGACGACUUAGCAGUCUUGCGAUUGAAGCGCCACAAGUCGUCUCUCUCUCCAAGCAUAUUAAAAAAAGUAAUUCUCAAAAGGUAGUUCUUCGCAAGCUCCCUUUCGCAAAAGUCUACAUUGUUUUAAAAAAAAUCUAAUUUAAGUGAAUACUUUGAAACAAGCAGAAUCCAGUCAAGUUCUCCAGAGGAAAUCAGGGAUCCCUGCGACACUCACAUCCAGAAAUUCCAAAGGGGGAUUUAGAACCGGUAUAUUGAUAACGAAUUAUUGGCAUUUGUAACAGUUUUCAAUAUAUCACUCGUUUAAAGCGGGCAACUUUUUAAAAUGCCGGAAAAUGAACAAAAAUUAAACCACUACAUGAGAAUCUUUAACCAGGUUGAUAAAGACCAGAACAAUUUAAUAUGCAUAACAGAACUGAAAUACUUCUUAAGGUCUAAAGGACAUACCAAAGACCUUCCGGAAGACAAAAUAAGGUACAUUUUUAAGUUGGCAGACAAAGAUGGAAGCAAGUGCGUUAAUUUCGAUGAAUUUGUCGAUUUGCUGGAACAUCCCGAUUUUAAACAUGUUUUUGGACAAUACGUAAACAAUUAUGUAAAGUUCUUGGUGCCUCAGCAUAAGCCAAAACCGCACAUUGUCCCGAGAGGACGCAGCAUUAGGAUCCAGAGUUGGAAAAAAGAAGAAGAAGAAGAAACGGGUUUUAUUCAAACGGAUUAUGCUUCAGUUGCAGCUGCAAAAUAUGAGGAGGAUAUAUCUUAUGGAGACGAAUACACCUGCUGUCCUCCUCCGUUUGCUAUGGUACUGAUAUCGGUGCUCGAGUUGGUAUUUUUCCUUACUGACGAAAUCAGUGAAAAGAAUUCAACCCUAACAGGAACCGGGGUCACGGCUAAACUUUUUUUAUAUGAACCCAAUAAAAGGCACGAGGCUUGGAGAUUCCUUACGUACAUGUUUGUGCAUAUUGGUUACAUUCAUAUUGUGGUGAACUUAGCAUUUCAACUGUUGCUAGGAAUCCCAUUGGAGAUGGUCCAUAAAUGGUGGAGGGUGUCUUUGCUCUACUUUUUAGGUGUCAUCGCUGGUUCUUUGGCUACAUCUGUGGCGGAUCCUUGGGUGAGACUGGCCGGGGCCAGCGGAGGAGUUUACUCACUACUCACGGCUCAUAUAGCCACCAUAGUCAUGAACUGGAGUGAAAUGACUUUACCCUUGGUUCAAUUGUUCGUUUUGGGCAUCAUAAUCGUUUUUGACUUGGGUAGUUCUAUUUAUGACCGGUACUAUUUGAAAAUGGAUGAUGCUAUUGGUUAUGCCGCUCAUUUUGGAGGUGCCAUUGCGGGUCUCUUAGUAGGGAUUUAUCUUCUUAAGAACUUGAACGUGACGAAAUUUGAGAAAUAUUUGUGGUGGGCUGCGGUAGUUACUUAUGUGGUUUUAACGGUUAUUGCCAUUUUUAUGAACAUAUUCUUACCUGGUAGAUAUCCCCCUUCAAGUUGAUCGCUAUUUAUAUUUUAAAUAAAUUUUUGUUUUUUUUUA